AUGUUUUCUAGCAGCACAGACGAGGUAGGUGACACCCCAGAAUGUAGAGAAACAUGGGGCCAGCCGAAUGAAACGAGCUCGUACUGUCCCCCUUCAACUUCGUCCAGUUCAUCCCACCAGAGUUUAGGUGAAGGCAGCUCGAGCUCCGGCCAUGGUCUAUCGCUCCCCCGGAUGGCCUCAGGUCAGCUCCAUCACAGCUACACGUUAGACAGGACCAGUUCAUCACUUCUUGCGACUACCUCGGACAGCUCCUCCCUUCGCAGCCGUGGAGGAACACCGAAACUCAGGAGGACCCCGGGGUCUGCUGGGGCCCCUGGCACACACCCAGCACGGACACCACUGACUGAUCACACUGUAACAAGCUGUUCCUCUGCAACGUCAACUUGUGGUGCCUCUGUGAUUGUUGCGGUGGUUGAAGGCCGCGGUUUGGCCAGGGGAGAGAUUGGCAUUGCUAGUCUCAACUUAAAAUGCCCAGAGCUUAUACUUUCCCAGUUUGCAGACACUGGGGCGUAUGCCAAGGUCAUUACCAAAAUGCACAUAUUGGUGCCACUGGAAAUACUGAUGCCAGACACAGCCAGUGAGAAGGGGAAAGGGACCAAGCUGUUCAACCUCAUCACGGAGAACUUCCCGGGUGUAGCUUUCACUGCUAUCCAAAGGAAGUACUUUAAUGAGAGGAAAGGACUGGAGUACAUUCAGCAGCUGUGUGCUCCAGAAUUUGGCACCGUCAUCAUGGAAGUGCAAACUAAGUAUUAUUGCCUAGCUGCAGCAGCUGCUUUGUUGAAAUAUUUGGAGUUCAUCCAGAACUCUGUCUACGCUGCCAAGUCUCUCAAAGUGAGCUUUAAAGGGAGCGAGCAGACAGCAAUGAUUGACUCAGCAUCUGCCACUAACUUGGAAUUGGUGGUCAAUAACAGAGACCACAGGAGCGAGCAUACUCUUUUAGGUGUACUUAACCACACUAAAACGCCUGGUGGAGCUAGAAGGUUGCGCUCCAAUAUUCUGGAGCCUCUGGUUGAUGUAGACACCAUCAACAUACGCUUGGAUACUAUACAAGAGCUGCUGCAGGACGAGGAGCUCUUCUUUGGCCUGAAGAAUGCCAUAGGUCAUUUCCUUGACAUUGACCAGCUGCUCUCUGUUCUCGUCCAAAUCCCAAAGCAGGAAACGGUUCAGGUUGCUGAAGCAAAAAUUACUCACGUCAUUCAGCUGAAACACACGUUAGACCUAGUGCCACGGUUACGGUUGGUGUUAAAGAAUUGCAAAACAGCUCUGCUCAAGGCCUACAGCACUUCCCUGGAAGACAACAGGUUUGACAUGAUCCUAGCGCAGAUCAAGACAGUGAUAAAUGAGGAUACUACCUACGUGAAGGGCAGCCUGAACAUGCGCACCCAGAAGUGUUAUGCUGUCCGCCCCAACAUCAACGAGUUCCUCGACAUCGCACGCAGAGCUUACACUGAGAUAGUGGACGACAUUGCAGGCCUGGUGAACCAGACGGGGGAGAAAUACGGUUUGCCGAUGCGUACCAGCUUCAGCACAGCUCGAGGUUUCUUCAUCCAGAUGAAGCUUGAAGGGGUGGUGUUGCCUGAAGGGAAACUCCCCCCUGAGUUCAUCAAGGUCACCAAGCACAAGAACAACUAUGGCUUCACUAUUGCUGACCUGAUGAAGAUGAAUGACCGCUGUGAUGAGGCCCUGAGGGAGAUCUUCCAUAUGUCCUAUGUGGUUACAUGUCAGCUGCUAAGCACUGUCCACGAGCACAUCCACUGCCUUUACAAGCUCUCUGAUGCUGUCUCCAUGCUGGACAUGUUGCUGUCACUGGCCAACGCAUGCACCAUCUCAGACUAUGUGCGCCCAGAGUUCACAGACACGCUGGCCAUCAAGCAGGGUCGUCACCCCAUUCUGGAGCGGAUUGUUGGACAGCAGCCCGUAUCGAACAAUAGCUACAUCUCCGAGGGCAGCAACUUUGUCAUCAUCACUGGACCCAACAUGAGCGGCAAAUCCACCUACCUCAAGCAGGUGGCGCUGUGUCAGAUCAUGGCUCAGAUAGGUUCCUUUGUCCCUGCUGAGUAUGCAUCUUUUCGUGUUGCUGAUCAGAUUUUUACCAGGAUAGGUGUGGAUGAUGAUUUUGAAACAAACUCUUCCACCUUCAUGUUGGAAAUGAAGGAGAUCGCUUACAUAAUCCACAAUGUAAGUGACAGGUCCCUGAUUAUCAUAGAUGAGUUGGGGCGUGGAACCAGUGCUGAGGAAGGCAUCGGCAUCUGCCACACAGUUUGCGAGUUCCUCCUUAGCCUCAAGGCGUUCACUCUGUUUGCAACACAUUAUCUGGAGCUCUGCCAUCUGGAGUCUCUUUAUCCCAACGUGGAGAACCAGCACAUGGAGGUUCAGCACACACGCAGUGGGGACACCGGGGCAGAGAGCGUGGUGUACACGUACCUGCUAAAUCGAGGGUGCUCUGAAGAAAGACACUAUGGUCUGAGAGCAGCAGAAAUGACUGCACUUCCUUCAAACAUAAUUCAAGAGGCAAAAAUAAUUGCCUCCAAAGUUAGCCAGCAGCUUCUGGCCAAACAUCACAGUGAUCCGGAAACACAGAGGCAGAGAGCUGUGUACCACCUGGCCACCCGCCUCCUGCAGACUGCCAGGAACUCCAGACUUGACCCCGAAAGCUUGAGAAUGUAUCUGAAGGGCCUGAAGAAGCAAUAUGAGGCAGAGCUACAGGCCGCAGGGCCCUCGGAGUCCAUGGACACAGAGGAGGAAUGACGGAUUCAUCCUGACGCAGUGAUAGCUACA